CGUGUGUCCGCCACACUUCCUCAUAUCCAAAUCUCAACAAUUCAUCAUUUUCGUCAUUGCCUUCCUCUUCAAGACACAAAUAUACACUCAUCAUCAUCUUCUCUUUGAUGGCAGAUCACAAGCCGAGCCAAAUCACUCCAGCUCCUCCUUCCACUGAAUUCUCAAUAACCUCUUCAAAAACCUUCACUUUCGAUAUAGAAUCUCACCCAGAAAACCCUUAUCAUGAUGAUGAUCACCACCAACAUGAAAUCCAGAUCGUUGACUACACCCAAAGGGCUCAAUGGCUUCGAGCCGCCGUCCUCGGAGCCAACGACGGUUUGCUCUCCACGGCUUCACUCAUGAUGGGUGUCGGAGCCGUUAGAAAGGACGUCAAGACGAUGAUCCUCACCGGGGUCGCCGGCUUGGUCGCUGGAGCUUGUAGCAUGGCGAUAGGAGAAUUUGUGUCCGUGUACUCGCAGUAUGACAUCGAGGUAGCUCAGUUGAAGAGAGAAGGCAAAGAGGUAAAGAAAGCCGAGCUGCCGAACCCGUUUUAUGCGGCCAUAGCCUCUGCGGUGGCCUUUGCUAUCGGUGCGGUGGUGCCGCUGCUCGGGGCGGCGUUCGUGAAAGAUUACAAGGUGAGGUUAGGGGUGGUGGUGGCCGUCGUGAGCCUAGCUUUGUUGGUGUUCGGAGUUGUGAGUGCAAUUUUGGGGAAAGCACCCAUGGUAAAGUCGACUUUAAGGGUUUUGUUUGGAGGUUGGAUGGCCAUGGGAAUCACUUUUGGCUUAACAAAGUCUGUGGAUUCCAUUGGGCUUUGAUCCAUAGUAUAAAAAUGCAAAUCAACUUGCCCACUUAAACUUAUAAACUAUUAAACAAGUAUCUUAUAACCAGUUCAAUAAAAUGCUUUGUUUAUAGGCAGUUAAAUCACGGGUUUUACUAUCAAUCCUUGAAUUAAUACUUUCAGCUCAACGACCAGUUGAUUUUCAGCACCUUAGCUUUGAUAAUCAUAUGUAUCUUAGUUAUAUUUCAAUUUAAAAACCUUUUAUCUUUUGCUGUUAAAAAAAGUAGCUAGAUGAUCCAUAUGUACCUCUUUAUAUUUUGAUGUAAUAAUUUUAGGCUGAAGGUUUCACUAUAGUGAUCAGAUAAAAAAAUUGUAUCUUAAUUUUCGUU